CCGUUUAUAAGAAGAUGAAUUGUAGAAAUAUGCGGGCAAGCUUGCUAGCCCCAAAAUGUGUACAACUUCAAAGUUGCUCAACUGUUGCACAGGGGAUCAACUACUGCAUUUGAAGACACUGCCACCUGCUGACAUGUGCCUCAAAUGUGAUUAUCAAAGAGUCCUCAACAGCCAUUUGAGUUAGAUAGCUACAUAGAUUUGAUUUGACAGUUAUAAAUUACACCCAGGGGGAAGAUACCACCAGUCCGGUCCCUUACACGCCUUUCUUGUGACGUAUUAUGCGCGGCCAUAAAACGGUGACCUAUUGUGACGUAACCAAGCAUCAAUUCGCUACAUGAACUGUGUUCAUCUUUGAUAUCAACAGUACAAUCUCUUUCUUCAAUCAGCUUGUUUCAGCUAAUCUUUUGCCGCAUAGUCUGCCCUAGCUGACGCUGUGCAGAGAAUACUACGAUUGGAAACGGUUGGUUAGACCCGUUCGCACUGCACAAGGUGAUUUGGAGUUUAGAAUGUCUGGUAGGCUCUUACAUUCUUUGGGGAGGUCCCAAAUGGCACCCUGUAGUGUAGUACUUUUGACCUGUGCCCAGUGGGCUCAGAUCAAAAUAUGUGCACAAGUCAAAGUAAGUGCGCUAUAUAGGGAAUGGCGUGCCAUUUGUCUGUGUGUGUGUGUGUGUGUGUUAGGAUAUGUUUUGUGCCAAUCAAUUGAUGAAAAUGUAUCCCUCAGAAAACAAGAUGGAUCGUAGUGAUGAGAGAAUCAGAAGAGCUUUAAGGCGCCGCCCUUAUGUGUUGAAUCCAGUGAGGGUGAACUCCCCUGAUUCUGUGAUGUGGCCAACCGGUAAGGUGCACAGAAGACCAAGGCCUUCUGGAAGGGUGACUCGGCUGAUGGAGAGAAAUUAUGAUGGGGUGAUCUCAUCCUCCAACUCUGAUGACAUCUCUAUCUACUCCUUCACUGACUGUGAAUCUGAGAUUAUUGUGGCCAAGCCCAACAUCCUUCUCCCUGCCUCUGUGAGUGCCCUGAAGAAGGCAUCACGCCUGAUGGAGUUGGUCCCUACUGUCCGGCCCUGCAGGGAGCAGCUGGACAAGAAGACACAGUGGACCAACACCAACGAGGAGAGCCUGAGGAGGAUUAAAAAAAAACUGGCCUCCAUAGAGCUCGACCUGGAGGAAGGCCUGAACAAGGUCAACGACGGUCAGGACAUCAACCAAGAGAGGCAGAAGAAUGAGGGAUGCUUCAGAGCCUGGAUUGAGAAGUGGAUGGGGAAGAGGAAGGAGGAAAGACUGAGGGAUGAAGAUGUGAAUAGGGAAGAUAAAGGGAGGAUGGGCGAGGAAGUGAGGGCACUGAUCCAAGUGAUGAAGAGAAACUGCAGUGAAAGUGAUCUUGAGGCAGUAAACCUGGACAGUUGGCUGAAUGACUUGGAAAGGUUGAAAGUGGCCUUCAAGAAAUGCACUGGAGAGAUGGCCGAAAUGAGCCCAGGGAAAGUCUCUGGUCCUGUGUCUGGCCUCUCUCCUCUUGUGACCUCAGCACCCCGGACCCUGGCUGAAGCCCUACAAGCCCUGCCCUCUGCUGUGGCCCGUCCCUCCCAAAAGGAUGUCCCAAAGCCUCCGACACCUCCAAGCCCUGUCUCUGUCAUUGUUGCUUCGCCUGCUGUGGAGUACUUACCAUACCACCGCAGCCCUCGCCUGGCCCCAAUCACCAACCUGAGUGAGAACGGCAGGAAGCUGCUCCAGAAAAUGUCAGGAGUGACGCCACAGGUUUCUCCAGUGGCUGCUGCCCAAACUGAGAUGUUCGAAGAAAUAAUGGCCAACUACUACUACAACACACACACACACACACACACACACACACACACACAUACUAUUGAUAUUGGUCUCAUUGUUAUAUUUUGAGAUAUGCACCAUUCUUAAAAAAAUAAAAAAGACCCAAUAAUUAUAUUGGUUCCCAUACAGCCUACUAGGGUAGCGUAUGAUAAUGGGUUGGAUUUACAUAGCGUGUAGUUAUCAGGCUUGAAAAUAUAGCCAGGAGAUGCAGGGUCAACACCCCUACUCAUGUCAUAAGUGCCAUGAGAUGUUUAGUGACCACAGAGAGAUAGGACCUCUGUGUGCACAGUCUCAUCCGAAGGACAGCACCGGCCGCAGGGCAGUGUCUGGCAUUGGGGUCUUAGGUCUUCUUUGGCCAAAGGGAAGUGAAGAGGGCCAGUAUGAGAGAGCACAAACUUUCUUAGCAGAUAAUGAUAACAUGACAACAGUAGCUGUAGAUGAUGUAAUGAAAAGUUGGAGGGUGGUUGGUAAUGGAGAACAUCGGGUGGAUCCACGUCUGGGUGUUGGGCAGGACCCUUAGCUCCUGGAGAACAGGAGUAGAGUUAAAGGGAACAGGGUAGGCGACAGAGACGUAAACACUCCGGUAGCUCUCCUUCUGUUUCUCCUGCGCCUUGUCCAUGUUCUGUCUCACCUUGAUUGAUGACAGGAAUACAUGCAAUUAUAUUUCAUAUUACAAAUAUAUUUCUUACAUAUCUCUUGGAGGGACAGAAAAUACAUUAACAGAGGACAAUCAUUUUUACCUGGUCAAAAACCUCCACGUCCUUCUCAGUCUGUGCUUGAAGAUAGUACUCAAAGGCGUUCUGAUCUGGUUCGACAACUUCCACCACAUCAGGUGGGGUUUCAGUGAUCUGAAAGCACGUUAUGCAAAAAUAGCAAUAGACAAACACUAAGUCAAUCCCAAUUUUGAAAGACUACAGUAUAUGCAAUAAUUGUAUAUACAAUUGCAUUGUUUACCUCAGUCAACAGCUGCGGCUCCCGUCCAUACUCAGCCUGGAUGCUGCUGUUGUGUGCAAAGAGAAUUACCUUCAGGUUGUUCUCCCACCCUUCCUGAUACCAAUCAAGGGACUUGCCCAUGGCUGUCUUGAGGGUCUGGUUGGUCCAUUUACUAAGGGUUUUGAAAAACGUUGUUUUAAUCUAGGUUGUAUAAAUCAAGAGUACCAAGAGAUUUGUCGACUGUAUGGGUAAAAAAACACAAAGUACAAAACACACAAGCCAAAAGGAGGUCUUUACAAUCAACUGACAAUCAAAGUUUUCUUGCAUUGAUUUGACCUUGAACAUUCAGAGCCUGCUUGUGUAUUCAAACCAAAAACAUCCGUGAAGAAAAAGUGGACCUUCAAGUACUGCCUCAAACCACUUGUCCAAGCAUAUUACAUCUCAAUGUAUAACAUGAGACAGAAAACACAUUGAAUGAAAACUAUGGGCUCGAUUAAAUCUGUAUCGCUGAAGUUCAGAGCUAUAGCGGCU